UUGCGCUUUGAAUGAGGGGCCAUCAUCCCGGCGGCUCGGAGGUGGAAAAUACAGUUUAAAGUCUCUCUCGGUGCAUUUUAAAUGAACAAGAAGGCUUUUCUGACAGACACCUGAGAGGCCGUUUAGUAUCCUUUCAUCUCCUCGUCGGGUGUCUUUGGAUGUACUCCUCUCCACUCCUUACGUUGUGUGCUUUCAAUCUGAUAUUUCCCAAGACUCAUCUAGACUGAUGCCUUAGUUCCAACUAGACAGUAAUUAAAAACGCAUACAUAUAUUCUGUGUUUAUAUAGUUUUAAAAAAAACUCCAGUGGGAGUUCAGACAAUAACCCAUCAACCAUAUUACCCUCCUUCCCCUCUCCCUUUUUCUCUUUACGUCAGACUAAGAGGGCCAUCAAAACACACACAUACAUACAUAAGCCACCAUGUCCUCCAUCCUUCCCUUCACUCCCCCGGUAGUGAAACGCCUCCUGGGGUGGAAGAAGACUCCUGCAGGGAGUGGAGGAGCAGGGGGAGGAAUUGGAGGAGUCGGGGAGCAGAAUGGAGGUGGGCAGGAGGAGAAAUGGUGUGAGAAGGCUGUGAAAAGCUUGGUGAAGAAGGUGAAGAAGACGGGGCAGCUGGACGAGCUAGAGAAGGCUAUCAGCACGCAGAACAGCAACACAAAGUGUGUCACCAUACCCAGUAAUUGCUCAGAUCUAUGGGGUCUAGGCACAGGCCACACGAUAGAGCAGUGGGACUCUACAGGCAUGUACGGAUACCAUGACCACAGCAGGUCACUGGAUGGGCGUCUUCAGGUGUCCCAUCGUAAGGGCCUGCCCCACGUCAUCUACUGCCGCCUGUGGAGAUGGCCCGACCUUCACAGCCACCAUGAGCUGAGGGCCAUUGACGCCUGCCAGUAUGCCUUCAACCUCAAAAAGGAUGAAGUGUGUGUCAAUCCCUACCAUUACCAGAGAGUGGAGACGCCUGUGCUGCCUCCGGUGUUGGUGCCACGCCACACAGAAAUUCUGACAGAGCUUCCGCCUCUAGAUGACUUUACAAACUCCAUCCCUGAAAACACCAACUUCCCUGCUGGCAUAGACCCUCCUAAUAACUACAUACCAGAGACUCCUCCACCUGGCUACAUCAGUGAAGAUGGAGAGACCAGUGACCAGCAGAUGAGUCAAAGUAUGGAAACAGGCUCACCAGCAGAAAUGUCGCCAAGCACCCUGUCACCUGUCAGUCAUGGCCUGGACCUUCAGCCGGUUACCUACAGCGAACCAGCUUUCUGGUGCUCGAUAGCCUACUAUGAGCUAAACCAGCGGGUUGGAGAGACGUUUCACGCCUCACAGCCAUCUCUGACAGUCGAUGGCUUCACCGACCCUUCCAACUCUGAACGCUUCUGUCUAGGGCUCCUCAGCAAUGUUAACAGGAACGCAACUGUCGAAAUGACAAGGAGACAUAUAGGUCGUGGUGUGAGGUUGUAUUACAUCGGAGGGGAGGUGUUCGCUGAGUGCCUCAGCGACAGUGCCAUUUUUGUCCAGAGUCCUAACUGCAACCAGCGAUACGGCUGGCACCCUGCCACAGUUUGCAAGAUACCACCAGGCUGCAAUCUGAAGAUUUUUAACAACCAGGAGUUUGCUGCACUGCUGGCCCAGUCAGUCAAUCAGGGGUUUGAGGCAGUCUACCAACUAACUAGGAUGUGCACCAUCAGAAUGAGCUUCGUCAAGGGCUGGGGAGCAGAGUACAGACGUCAGACAGUAACCAGCACUCCAUGUUGGAUUGAGCUUCAUCUCAAUGGCCCCCUCCAGUGGUUGGAUAAGGUGCUGACCCAGAUGGGUUCACCAUCAGUGCGCUGCUCCAGUAUGUCCUAGACAGGGUUUGGCUGCUGCUGCUUACGCAAAGUCAAACUGACAUCUCACAACAUUUGACCAGUAUGUCUUAAGGGAGACCGCCGUGCAGUCUUAAAACUGAUGUGCUAACAACAUUAUGAAAGUGGAAAAAGGAAAGGAUUACACUAUGGACCUGGAGGACGGGAGAAGACAUGAUGGACAAUAGUGGAAUGUUAACACUGAUGUGUCAGUGAGCCUGAUCACCUUUGGCUCUGUUGGAUUAACGAUGACAUUCUAGUAAUCAUGGACCUCGUAAUUGAAAUGACCCUGCAAUAUCAAAAUGACAAAGAGAGUGAUGUCAAAAUGGACCAGACUAUAUUCAAAAAUAAAAUGAGAACAGCUGUUUCUGGGAUUGAGCAUGUGACCUUCUAAUUUACAGGACAGUCUCUCCAACCACUAGUUCUCCUUUCCGCUUCACUACCUACCACAGCACAACUUUGAUUCAGCGUCAAGAUUUCCAUUCACACAAGGUUGACCAACAGUAGUACUGCCACUCCAGGCUCAUGUUCAACCAAAGUCAGCUUUGCGCCUGGACAUGAGUUUGUUUUGUUUUUUCUCUUGGUUUUUGUGACCAAAAUUUCAUUUUUAUCUGAGAUUUCCACUUGUCGUGCUUUUCUCCCAAUGUUCCUGUGCUAGACUGACGGUCUUCAGCUCUUUUAAAGGGGUGACCACUGGAAGAACAAGUUGAUGUAUGCCCCUUCUUCGCAUGUACACACACACACUGUCACGCAGACAAACCUUUCCAUAACUUACUAUUUUAACACCCUUUUGCUUUGAAAUAACGACAAAUCAGUUCCCCUGUGUUUUAAUGUUGAUUGAUCCUAUUCAACCAUAGGUGUGCAGUGGGGUAGAUGUUCGAGUGUGAGGAGUUUUUAUUGUAAAGUGUGGUCAGUGGCUAACCACUACAGAUAACUGGAAUGAUUAAGUAAGCUAAGGAAUUCUCAGCACAAGAGCGUGGUACAUGUCACUCCACUGUGAACUUGGUUUCAGAUAGUAAUAAAAGCGUACGGUGUUAGACAAUUAACAGUUUGCCCCCACCUUAGAUUCUUUUUGUUAACAUUUAACAGUGCAUUUUGCUUAUAAAGAAGAGAUAAAUGCAGUUCCAAGAGUCUAAGCCUCACUGACUCCCCCUGCUGUCUAACAGACAAAAAGACACCCAUCUCUAAACGUUCCACUGAUGUAGUCAUCGCACAAGCCUCGUGUGUGUGUGUGUGUGUGUGUGUGUGUGUGUGUAUAUAUAUAUAUAUAUAUAUAUAUAUAUACUUGGACUGAUGCAGGGUUUCCCCAUUAUUGACAUUUUAUUGAUAGGAAGAUGAAAAUGGAAGUCCUGCAGUGUGGGACUUUCAAAUAUUUGCUUCUAUACCAUACUUGCACUGCCACAAAUUAUGCCCUAUAUCCCUUGAUAAGUUGCCUUUGAUGUAAAAUACAGCAAGAUAUGCUUUGAAAUGUACAGAUAGGAAUGUUGAAAAGCCCAAUUGAAGUUUGGACAGUUACAAAAAAUAUAUAAUACAUGUUCACUUAAAAGAUGUUAUUCCUUAUAUUGUCUGAAUUGGCUUAUUAAAAAACAUCCAUUUGAUUUUCAGGAGUUCAAAUUUUUUCAACUCAAAGUGUUUAAGCUUUAAGCAUUGGACAAGCUAGUUAUACAACACAGCUGUUAUUUUCUUUACAUAUUCUUUUAGCUGCGUUUUUGUAUUUUCAUGUAUUUUUUUAUAUAUAUAUGAAUAUAUUUAAAAUCUUCAAAGCUUUCUUCCUUUUUAUUAGAAUUGAAUAUUUUUUUAGAAUAUGCCCUCUGUUUGAAAUGAUCACAGCUUGAUGAUGAAGUAUGUAGGAUAUAACAUUUUCACUGAAUUUACCACUGACUGAGAGGCCAAGUCACUAUAUUUACCAUCCUCUAUUAAUCAAAACCUGAUUUGGCUGCUAAAAUGGUUUUGGUUUGGUAAUUUUGGAAGGUUGUAUCCUGCCUUGCUGUUACUAAUUUUUCAGCUCUAUGGGUAGGACCCAAAUUAUGAUAGUGCUGCCCCAAAGACUGAAUGUUUGUAUUUACAGUAUAUCCUGUACACUGCAGGUCCACUGUGUCAUAAACCUAAUUGCUGAUGAAAACCUAAUAGCUGCAGUUUUCCAGUAUUUAAUUGUAUUGGCUGAAUCAUAAUGUUGCAAUUUGCUGAUGUCCUUUUGGGUUUUGGUUAGUUGCAAAUUGUUACAAGUCAAUAUACCUGUUUGAAAAUAUGUUAAUUUUCAGUAUACCAUGGUCAUUAGAAAAUGAAGAUCAAAUACAGUAUUAUUUUUCAGUAUCAAAGCAGUUGGUAUUCUCUGACUUUGGAAAGUGAAUUUGUUGAAUUCUGUCUUACUUAAGCAACACAGGACAUUCCAGUUUGCAGUGUGACAGCUGCUGCCAAUGCAGAUGUUUAAUUCUCAAGACUCCUUGAACACUGUUCAUUAACCGCGAGUGUGUUUACAUGCACACAUGAUAUUAUAUCCCAGUCAAGGCCUCUUUACCCUAAUGAAUGUCACCGCGAAGCAGAAUGUCACCAUGAGAAAUGGGGUUGUAAGUGGGACAUGUAUAUAAAAAUAUACUAUCUUGGCUCAUACUGUCACAUUCCAGAUAGCUUGUUUUGACUUUCUCCAAAUUGUGACCAAAAAAAAACUUGACAGUGGUCUUAACUUGGUGCGCAGUAAUGCUGAUGUGCAUGUAAACACAUUUUCUAUUUGAUUAUUCACUACUACAACAUGUGGGGGGAAACGUACAUUUAAAAAACAAUUGUAGGACACCUAAUGAAGGUUUAAUGAAGGCUUAGUUUAUCAUAUAAUGGCAGAUAAAGAAGUCCAGAAAUCCUGAUGUUUUAUCAUACAUAUUGUGAGCAUCCUGCAGAAACUUAAUAAUUCAAUAUUUUCAUUUGAUACACAUUUUUAGAUGACAUCCUCUGCUACAGGGUGAUGUACUUCAGCACUUGGACCAAACCAAAAACAUUGACACUUCAGAAAAAUCUCAAAAGCAAAUCAUGGUCCCUUUUAAUUAUUUUUUUUUUUAUGUUUCUUGACCAUGGCAAAUCAUGAACUAUACUUUUUUAGAAAGAGAUUAGAUUAGAUUUUUUUUCUAUUACUCACUUGUAACCAGACUGAAACCAGCCAAAUGAAGUGAUGUUUGUCUCUCUGUAUGUGUAUCUGUCUGUCCACCUGUCAGUCCUAUCUUUUAGCUGGUCUGUCGUAUUUUGUUUAUUAGGCAAAAAGAUGACUGGACUUGUCAUCGCCAAAGUCAGUACACAUGCUAAUAUGAAAAUAUAGUAGAUUGUUCUCAUUGCUAACCCACAUGUUUGUUCUAUGCAGUGACAUUAAAUAGUUUGGACUGAAUACUGAAAAACAUUUUACGCAUUAAGAAAUAUGCAUAGUGUAUUUUCUGAUGGCUAGACAUGCUGUUUCAUGCAUAUUGUCAAGGUCCAGCAAAAGCCUUUGUAUCUACUUAUUUCUUUUUCUUUCAGUGAGUGCCACCCAACAUUGUACCCCAAAACCAACUAGCUUUUUUCACUUCCUGAGAAGUGUGUUUUGGAGAUAGAAGAUGACACCAAAUGAGGUUUGAUGUAGGAUACAUCUACACAUUUUGAGGGUCCAUAUUCCUAUUCAAAGAUUACACAAUGUUUUUUUAUACUUAUUAUUAUUGUGAUGACAAUUGUGUAUCCCCAAAUGAGCCUCUUUCAGAUGAAUCCCUAAGAAGGUGGCUGUUUGGAGAAAGUGAAGUUCCUACAUGUCACUAGUGAUGUUAUUGUAUAGCUGUACUUAUUUUGCCAUACAUGCUGGUCCUUUUUUCUUGCUACUGUAUCAACGGAGCAUAUUCCAUUAGACAAUGCAGUGUUAGGAUUUCUGUCUUCUUCAAACACUGAUUAUGAUCUUCGUAGGCUUUCCAACUAUUCUACAUAUACAGACAACUUCUUACAGUGUACACUAAUAAAGCUGUUUUAAUCCACCUGAAAA